AUGUCAAUAACAAACGAGGGGGCAAGCGUAAUGUCACCCACAGUUCCGUUAGCAGCCACCAUUGCUUCACUCCCGGUGGAAAUCCACACUCAAAUACUCCAGUCACUGCCCUGCUUCCACGAUGUGCACAGUGCAAUCCUCACCUCCCGACUUUUCCACAAUGCGUGGAUAACCGGUCAGAAUGGCAUCAUCAACGCCGUAGCACGAGAAACCAUCCGGCCAUGGGAGCCCCUGGUAAGAUUAUACCUUGCGAGGCGGCAACAGAGGUUUGAGGCAUCACCAGGUUCGUUUGCCCCCCCCCUUCCCCUUCCCCAUCCUCGAUCCCAGCCCAUAGAUAACCACUCACCCUUACCAGACGAAGUCACCCACUACCGCCUAACCCUACACGCCAUAAUCUACAUCUGCGCACGCAUCAAAACAGCAGAAACGAAGUACAAAGCCAUGCUCUCCAAACCCCCACUCAGGCGCAAUCCUUACAUCGGGGAGGGGCCUGAACUGCCCCCGCGCACGCCGUGCGCUCUAGAACUCGACCUCUUCACAACGACAUACCUCACCAUGAAACUGAUAGAGGCCUACCCGCCCAAUCUCCUUGCAUCACUACUCUCGAGCAUUGCAACGAUGGACCUGCUGCGCAUCCGGCAGCUGCAAAAUAACAUAUAUACUCGCGACCCGCGCAACGGUGGUGGUGACAGGGGCAGGCUGGUCCAGAGGGAGUUCAUGACGAGGCUGCCGCGUGGGAGCGGUGUUUGGGAGGCUAUGGCGGAAAGGAUGAUGGGCGGGGAGCCGUUUGCCUUGUGGGGGGAGGGGCAGGAGCAAGUCAGGGGUUUUGAGCAGGCGAUGAAGGAAGGCAGGUUGCCGUGGGACACGGGCGCUGGGGGGGCGGUGGAGGUCGUGUGGGGGGCUGGCGGGGUGGAGGGGUUUACUGGGGUGCAGAGGGCUGGCGGGCGCGGCGGGAUUAUGGGGUUUUAUAGGUAUGUUUAG